GACGGUUUGAUGGACUUUUCCUUAAUUAAAACAAAAAUACAUAAUUACCAAAGCCAGGGGAAAUGAAAAAUCUUAGCGGGUGUUUCAAUUUUUUGGCAAUGGUUUUGGUCCUUGUUAGCUCAAUAACAGAAGCAGCAUUUUGGGCUUAAAAAAUUGAUUAAAUUUAGUGAGAAACUGCUUGUUUUUCCAAACUGUCGGUAGAUAAAUAAAUGGAAAAGAAUUAGUAUUCAAAGGAUAGGCAGAUCACAUCUAAUCUUAGUAGAUGCACUUAGUUUGGUAAACAUCAAAACUGCGUGGUUGAUAUUCCUUGUCUCAUUUGACAGUGAAUAUAAAUAGUCUUAUUUGGAUUCAUGACCUUCAAGCAAAUUGGGCUUCCUUAAACAUAAAUGCUAUUUUCAGUCCGAUUUUAUGCACGAGUACAAUGGCUGCACACUUGGUUUGAUGACAGUUGGUAUAAUGAUGAUUCUGGACUGGUUCUUUUAGCCAAAUUUCAGUUAAUUUUUCCUUAUUUCUAAUAUUAUCACAAAUAUGUUAGAUUGUAAAGGCAGACGUAUUUCCGGCUACAAGCGACAGCCGGAAAUACGUUUGCGUUCGCAGGCUACAAAUAAGCAGGAUGUUUUCCAUUUGUCGUAAGUUUGUCGAGUCCCUGAGCUUGAUCUGAAAUCAAACAACAAAAAAUUAGUUAAAGCCCCAAAGAGGCACUGUGAGAGUAAAGUGUCUUGCCCAAGAAUGGGUCUCUACUGUUUUACUCCAGCUUGGGCUCGAACCCAGACCGCUCGGUCUUGAGUCAAGCCCACUUACCACCAGUCCUUCACGGCUUCCGAGAAGAUAUCAGUUUAACACGCUACGAAAAGAAAUCCAGCUCAGAUUUAUCAUUUCUUUGUUGUCGGAAACAUGCAUUUUAUCUUUUUUAUUACCUACAUGUAAAAACCGUGGGAAAUCAUCAUCGCUUUUGAUACCAAGUCAACAGAUUGCUUUUAAAUUAUCAUCCUGUUAGUUUCAAUAAUCCUUAAUUUUCAGUUCACCGUGAACUGAUUGUCACCCUGCACAACAAGAGGUGAUACGUUUCUCAAAAACAUGAAAUUCAAAUUCAAACGUUUUGCCUUAACAGCUUUCCUUAAUCUCUCUUAAUCUUGAACACACCGAUAAAAAACCAUUUACAAACAAUUUAAGGUUUCAUGUAAAACACGAUUUUAAGAAUCGGGAAGAGAUAAUUAUUCAGAUCAUGAUCAGUGAUCGAUGUAAAUCUCAACUUAUUUUAAAGAUAAGUUGAAAACAAAGGCACUUGAUCUUAUGCAGUUUGCUCGACGUCUAUUUGUGCUGUGUCCCACCUCCUGGUGACGUUUCUUAAGACAGCUAUCAGGUUUAAAUUUCACUAAACUCCAGUUUGAUGAGAAACAUCAAAUUUACUAGCCAUGGGUAGGAGGUCCCCCCUGGCCAUGGGGAACAAAAGAUGCAGUGUAGAAUACGUCAUCAACGCAGGAUAUCUGAAAGUCAACAUUUUGGGACGAUUGCCGGCAUUCCACAAAGACGACGAAUAUUGUGUUCGACACAUCUCACACAGAUUAAGUUAGGGACGUCUUCCAAACAAAAAAAAAUUGGGACAAGAAGGUGAAGAAAUUUACCAUGAAUUCAACACCAACGACAACUAUUAGCGAAUAUGCAACGAGCAUCUCGUCAGUCCAAGCAGAACUUCUCCUUGUCUUGAUCGUCAUCGACUUGAUCUUCGGUUCAUUCAUUACCCUCGGAAAUGCCUCUCUCUUCACCACAAUCUAUCGCGAUCCUUGCCGAUGCCUACGCACGCCUUCUGUAUUCCUCAUCGCAAAUCUUUCAGUUGCAGAUUUUUUCAUGGGAAUCAUCAGCUACCUACGCGCCGGCGAGCUGACUUACAGGUACUGUGGUCUGGGAAACCUUCCAAUUCUUAACAUGACAGAACACUUCAUCGGAGCUGUGUCGAUCCUUGUGGCUGUAUCCACGCUUUUGGCGAUGUCCUACGAUCGAUAUAUUGCAGUUAUUAGACCUUUUGAAUACCCACAGAAAAUCACCAACGCAAGAGCCAAAGCUACCAUUGCUAUCAUUUGGGCAAAUGCAUUAGUUAUGUCAGUUCUUCCCGUUGCGGAUGUGAAGAAGGAAAAUUUUCUGUUGGCCUACUGUUAUUCACAUUUUGUGAUCCCAUCAUUUAUUUUAACAGCAGUUUAUGUGAAAAUACAUAAAGUGGCUGCUCUGCAAAGACUAGAACUUAAAGACGUCCGAGCAAAUCUGACAGCGGCGAACAGGAGAAAGUAUUUAGAAAGAGAGAAUAAGAUGGCCCAUACAACUCUAUUGAUCCUUUUUGUUUUCUAUUUGUCAUUUUUACCUUACUUUAUCAACGUGCAUGUUUUAUAUUUUUGCUCUUGCCGAACCUCUUAUGCAUACAGAGUGUACCAUUAUGUUGCCAACGAAUUCUUGUCAAUGAGUUCCGUGGUCGACCCUUUCAUGUAUGCAUGGAAAAUACCAAACCUCAGCCGCUCUCUGCGUUUUUGCAUUCAUCGACGGUGGACACGCAGAAAUGUUGUAGCGGUGUGGAACAGGUCAUGUUCUAACCAGAUCCGAACACCUAAAGCUAGCCAGUGAAAAAUCGAAAGAUAUUUUGAUAUAUUAAUCCUUCAGUGGUGGUUAAUAGCUUGUGAGCGACAGCCUUGAAAAUAUAAAAUUUGGUAGGUCAAAUCUUGCAAAUUCAUGCAACAAUUGGGUUGUAAAAUCUGGUAGCGUAUGAGUGAAACAUAAUAGGUUCCUAGCAAUCAGAACUGAAUCCCUGAUACGGCCAGUGAAAAAAAGUUGAAAUAUAUUUUAACAUUAUUAGUCCUUGUUUACUAAUAGCUUAUGAGCAGCAACCUUAAAAGUUUAAAAUUUGGCAGGUCAAAUCUUGCAAUUUCAAUAGCUGGCCUGUAAAAUCUGGUAGCGGUGUAGAGCAGAACAGGUUCCAAACCGAACUGAACCUCUGAAGGUAGCCAGUGAGAAAAGGUUGAAAUAUAUUUUAACAGAUUAGACCUUAUUGACUAAUAGCUUAUGAGCAGCAGCCUUGAAAUUUAAGAUUUGGCAUGUCAAAUCUACGUUUUGGAAAUUGUAAAAAUCUUGAAAAAUCAAUAUUUGGCCGGUGUUCAAACUCGAGAUUGACAGGCCCAUUCUUGGAAUUUUAAGAUUUGGCAGGUCAGAUCUUGAAAUUUCAAUAUUUGACCUGUCAGAGUAUAUAUUGAAAAUGCGUCUUGACGGGUCAGAAUACCGAGUAGGAAACUCAAUAUUUGGCAAAUCAAAUAAUUGCCAAGACAGUUGACUGACCCGCGACGUAAAUGACGUGACUGCGUUCAAUAAUUAUAAUUGUCUAGACUUGUUGACUAUUCUUUUAAGUUUUAUCGAUGCUAAACUUAAGAUCACAGUAGGGAACAUAAUAAUUGUCUUUUCUAGAAGAUUUCUUCCUUAAUUCACCCAAUGUCUCUAGAAUUUCUAGUUGUUUUUAUUAAGACUGUAAAUGACGGUGGUUGUUAUAUUUUUGGGCCUAUGACGUCCUACACGAACAAACUAGAUGGCUCGAUACACCGUUCUUCAGACUCCGUCAAAGUCACUACCUUUUUUUCAAGCAAAUUUUCAAGCAACCUUACAUGUUCUAAAUUGUUCGGUUGCUUUGAACUGAGGAGGAGUCCCGCCACUCGAACCACAUUUCUGCCAAUAUUUAUCCUAAAACUAGUCUCGUUAAUGAGAUUGGAGUCCUGCAACCAAUCACUAAUUGCAAUGAAUGUUUCAGUGUGUUAGUUGCACUGCGUAUAUUAAUGGUAGAGGAUCAUAAUUAACCGGGCUUCCACAAUAUAGUGUACUAAAGAAUAUUAGCCAGGGAGUGAGGAAUUGUCGAGGCUUUUUAUGGUGCGCUCCCAAAAUAAUUUUUCUUCGAUUUUAAGAGUUUACUGUGCCGUUAGUUUAACACUGAUCUUAUUGGGAAACUGUUGAUCCCGUUUCCCAACACCAAUGCUUCCCUGCAGCUAUUGCAUGUCAUUUUGGAAUUAGCUUUUUAGCUUGAAAAGUCCAGUCUAAGGUGAGAAUGCAUCUAUACUACCGUCUGGCGAUACUGAGUUUUAAAUUAUGACUGGGUGGCGCCAGAAGUCUUAUUUUCUAGAUGGCCAAAGACGCAAACGCACAACGCACGGCACGCAAGGCCGCGCAACGCAUCAUCAACGAACGACAAGAAACUCGCAAAAUUUACAGAUUGCUCUUUACAAACCGCAACCGGACAAAGAACGUUCUUCUAAAGAACAGUUUAACUCUGAAACUCAUUAGACUCUCGGCUGUGCUCAAGUUGAAACCUUCACUAAAGGAUUUCAAACGGUAGUUCAAGAAAAAAUUUAAUCUUCAAAUUUCUAGAGUCUUAAACACACUGAUGGAUUUCUUUUAUACUCUUUAUUAGUGUUUAUUUUUAUUUAUCUAUAUAUAAAAGUUUUGUACCUUUAUUCUGAAAACCCAAUUGUGACGACUAAAGUAUGUCAAGUAUCUAAUGUUUCAAGAUUUUACCGCCUCUUAACUCAGUUGUUACUUCACUUUACAAUCAGCAACGCCAAGGCUGGCUACGGAACAAACUCGCUAAAGCUUCGUUCGUGUACAGAGUGCAGCUCGUCUGCCUCAGUGUUGUGGUUCCUCUACGUUCUUAAGCUGCAUUAAAUUUCUCAAAAGUCUUCUUUCAAUCUCUUGUCAGACGGCAGCAAACUGCACAUGAAACAAAAUGGAUACGGAAAGAACUUCUAAAUACAGUCUUACAAAUCAAAAAGUAUCAGUCAUAUGUGAACCGCCAUACGAUUUGCAUUUCUUUUAGGGUAAAGAUGUUGAGAGUCGAGCUUCGCAUUUGAAUAAGAGUGAAGCGUCCACACUUCUUUUUUUCCUUUUUUCGCAAAAUAAAUGAGGGUCUGGGCAUGAGGUAGAGUCUAAUAUUUCCCUACCACUUGCACUUCUUUCAGAUAAUAGUGAAAAAAGAACAAGAGGCAGGUAAAUAGCAGACAAAAAUUAACAAACUGAGCAGCAAAAUUUACAUAGCUUCAAAUAAAAGUUGAUUAGGAGAGCUGACAAGAUGAAGCCAACUAACAUUGGCGACGUGGUUGCAAGAAGAAAUGUUCCAUAAUUUUUGUUCCUUUUUCUUCUUAAAAUUUUAGUAAGCGCAAGCGCUGCCUAAUCUGUGAAGUAUAUUCCCGAAGAAAAUUAAAACGCACGUGUUGAACUACAAAGUGAACGGUCUUUUAACAUUUUGUUCAGCGGGCGAUGUCUGUUUACAAACCAGGUACCGGUUCUCCUGCAAGAAAACGUUUAGUUUUCAGUGUAAGACACAUUUAGAGAAUGUCCCGCGGCACAAUUGAGCUGUUAAGCCCUCGGCAAACGGACUCGCAAGUAGUCGCAACUAGCCACAAGUUGAACUUGCGUAGAGACUUGCGUUGGGUGGCCA